GCCUCUUCCGCUGCGCUCAGUGUCUCCACGGACGUCGCUCGUUUUCUUGGGUCCAGCAUGUCUUCCUCCGAGUCGCUCGCUUUCUUUGAGUUGCUGUUGCGAUGGGGUGUCCUUUGUCUCGUUGUUCUUCUUGUGGACUCGGCUCAAGUUUGCCAGGAGGUUAACGUGACUUGCAAGACACUCCUGCCCAUCUCUGAAGAAGCUGACCAUCUGGUGGCGCUGGUGGGCGUCCUUCCGCGGCAGGGCGUCUGGGGCGUCCACUUCGAACUGGAGCGAGAAAAGCAAGUCCUGGCCAGCUUCAACAUGUCUCGCACGGAAGGAAAACGAGGCACGACGAUUACUUACAGCGACCAUUUGGCAGUAAGCUGCAGAAAUAGAGCAGCUCUGGAGGUGCCUUCUCCCUGGCCGGAAGACUGGUUCUUAUGCGGCGUCAAAUUCAUCUUGUUCAAUAUAUCCCAGCACCUCAUCAGAGUUUCGUGGAAGGCAGACUCCGCAGGAUACCAAGAUCUCGCAACAGAUGUAUGCAAUGUGAAUUACCUCUCCGACGUCUCCUUCUCGGCCUCAAGUCUCCGCCAUCUGCCCACGCCAAUGCUGAGUCUUCGGUGCGCUGACGAAGAGCCAGGGAGGAGCGCUGACGAAGAGCCAAGGGACGGAAGCGAAUCGGAGUCAGCCGUUCCUCCAGUUUUCCAACUGUGCGUCGCUGGACUCAUCGUGCUGCUUGCCUUAGUCCUGUCAGCCGUCGAUCUCUUCCUGAUCCUGUCGCUACGGAAGCGCCUCCUCACCCCGACGAUGACUGCUAUAGAAGCUGUAGGCGAUGACUACGUGCCACGGAGGCGGAAGAAUAGGAUGAAUUAAAUACGGAGAAAGUCAUCUUGUUGACCAUUAUAGUUCCUUCGUUCUGUCUGGACGAGUCUUGCUUCUUCAAAACAAAGCUUCUGCUCAAUUCAAGACAUAAA